AUGGCGAAGUCGGUUGAAAGUCACCGAGAUUGGGAUGAACCUAGUCCCAAACUUCAUCAAGGUAUGAGGGAGUUCAUGGAGGAAGUCUCAGAACCAGUACCCAGUGAGUUUGAUAUGAAUACCUCUGGGAUUUGGACCUUACUCCACUGGAAAAGGUUACUCUCCUUAGUAUCUCUUCUGAAGCCUGGGGACCAGAUUCAUUUCAAAGACUUGUUUGAAUUAUCACCUGAAGAGAAGGAACAACUUCCACACAUUCCAUCAGCGUUUGAUAGCCACUGUCAUCUGGAUCGCUGUAUGAACAAACUUGGCAUUACUAGUCAUUUUUUGGCUGACAUCAACAGUACAGUAACUGUCCGUGAAGAAUAUCAAGUGGAUGUUCAACAUGCCGUUGGCGUAUUCAGCGAUCCAGAGACUUAUCCAACUAGAGAUCAAGUGCAUGAGUGGAAAUCCCAAGGAGUUGUUGUAGCUGUCGGUCUACACCCUAGGAAAACGAACCCUUCAGCGGAACAGUGGCAAAGGUUUGAGGAGUUACUUUCCUGGCCAGAAAUCACUGCCCUCGGAGAAGUUGGCAUAGACAGGAUGGAACCAGUUAAUACAUGGUCUUCACAGAUGUUAAACCUUGACCGCGCUCUACAGUCUCUACGACCGGACCAAGUGCUUAUACUCCAUGGUAGAAGCUCGGACGACGACCCUGAUGAAGCCUGGUUAACCUGUCUAUUCAAGGCAUGUCCAAGAGUCACCAGAGAACACCUCAUUCAUUGUCAUUGUUUCAUGGGCUCCAAGAGGUUAGUUCAGCGUUGGACCAGUGAGUUUCCUAACACCUACUUCGGCUUUACCAGUAUUGUCUCGAGGUUUAGGAACAACAAGGACACUGCCAAGUUAGACUGCAUCAAAUGGCUAUCUGAACAUCGACUCCUGCUUGAAACAGAUGCUCCCUACUUUCCUAAAGGAGGACAUCGGAGAAGUGUCCCAGCUCUUUUGGGAUAUUCGGCAGACGAAGUCGCCAAAAUCAGAGGAGUCACUUGGCAAGACCUGUUAAAGAAGACCAACUCCAACGCUACUCGUCUGUACCUAGACGGGGCAGCUCCAGCAACAGAAACGACAUAAAUGAUGGUUCGGGUCCGGUUGGAGAGGUGCGACUCAAUCAGAAUAUUAGGUAUAGGGUGCCUAAGUGUGUCCCUAUUUCCGAGUACCAAAACUGGUUCGUAAUCCAGGUGGCUGUACUUCGAAACCCAGAAGUUAGCUAUAAAAUUAUACUGGUUAGAAAC